AGACGGUCGCAUGUUUUGGAUCGCUGUGCCAGAGCAGCCGCCAAUACAAAAUACGAUUGAAAGACGUCAUGGUGUUUCAUAGACUCUAUCCAAGGAAUACAACACUGUACACGCGACCCUCUGGUGGGAUCAUUGCGUGAGCAGCAAAUGAGUGACACAGUGGACUAGUUUCGGAAUGUUGGAUACAAUAUUAGUUCACUCAUGCAGAAUUAACUCAACACUAUCAGAAUGCAUGAAUAGCAAAAAAGAACGUUCUCGAAUGCUUUGGGAACAUAUGUAUAUUGAACAAUACAUCACACAAAGUAGGCACAUUUGCUAUGUGACAGCUUAACCUAACUUGAGCACUACAAUGGAUCGGUGUUUUAUUUAUAGGUUGGAAUAUACAUGAACUUCAUGGUGGACUUUGCUGCCAGCAAGACUCGUGUAAUGGGAGUUCCUAUGGGGAUGUUGAGCGUUGCGGCACUGGUCGUUCUUUGUGCUUCCUCUGCUACUUCUGGUGUUGAUAUAGGUAUUAUUGAGAGCCACGACGUUGAUGAAAUGCAUAUGAAAGCAGCGCUGAACAAUAUAACUACGGUGCGAUUCACACGAAUAAUCGUUCCCCUUGAACAACCCUUUGUCCUCGUUAGGAACGAUGUAUUGAACAUAAUAAAUAGUCUACCGGUUCUUCUGGCACCUAUGGACACGUGUAGCACUAUCCAGAUCUUACUCCGUCGUUACGGACACAAGAGGAAGAGGGUCACGUGUUUCCGACCGAAUCCACAGCCAGAAGAAGAGGUCUUCCUCUCCCCCGCGCUACUCUUCAGUCCGAGUAUCAUAACUGUUAUACAACGUCUGAGGUGGUCAGCGGUCAUCGUGAUGGGCGAUAACAGCAAUGAGGCGUGGAGCAUAUCUAAAGAACUUACAGCAAGAGGGUUACUUUGUCUCACCAUUACAUAUAAUGAGUCGGAUUCAAAUGCUGUCAUACACGAUAGGAUUAUGAACUCAACUACAACUGACAGAGGAUUUCCAUGGAAUUACCUGUUGUUUGGUUCCGACAAAGGCGUUCACGUCGUGUUACAAGAGGCUGCUAAGUUCGACGUCCUGAACAAACGUCGAAGCGACAUGCGUUCGACCUCCCAGUGGCUGGUGGUGAUGCAGCAGCGUGACCUGGAGUUGUUCCACACCGACAGCUGGCUCGACAAUGUCGCCGUCAUGGCGUACCCCAACAUCUCCGCUGAUUGGCCCACCAUGAGUGACAAGACUUGCUGGGGUGACAUAUACACCCUGAUGUAUCGUGACGUGGGCGACGGUCACGUCAGUCGACGUCUAGCGCACGUGGGAAAGUUCAACUGCAGCGGCUACGUCUACAACUACUCCCAACUUCUUCCAAACCUGGAAUACGGCUUCAACGGCAGGCUCUUUGUAGCAUCCACAAUGAGGUGGGCUCCCUUCACGUUUGUAAAGAACAUAUCUGGGGAGCUGACCUUCGAGGGUCUGUGUGUGGAUAUGCUGCAUGAGUUAUCCCUGAGACUCAACUUCACGUACAGAGUCAAGUACCCGAUUGACGGGGAGUGGGGCCAAGAGAUAGCACCGGGACUGUGGACUGGAAUGGUCGGGGAGCUUCAGAACAAUCAAAUUGACCUAACAGUGGCGGCACUGACCAUCUCGUCAUCUCGUCUGAAAGUGAUGGACUUCACCUACCCGUUUGGGUACGAUAAGGGUGUGGGCGUGUACCGCAUCCCGAGUGCGGAGUCCACCCAAUGGAAGAUCCUGUUCUUUCCUUUCACGUGGCAAGUACACAUGUGUAUGGCCAUUGCCUUUGUGUUCUCGGUGACUCUACUCUACUGUCUCCAGUGGGCCAACAGACACAAGCCGAAGACCGGCGUGGAUUUGGGAGACACCACACUACUGAUCUGGGGAAUGUUUAUACGAUACAGCUACGACGUGAAAUCGACAUCCCUAGCAACCAGCUUCUUCAUCAGCUUCGUAUGGCUGUUUGGUACCGUCACUACUGCUAUUUACUGCGGAAACAUGAUGGCAUUCUUUGCGGUAUCCAAGGAAACACUGCCUUUCCGUACAAUACCGGAAGUAGCUGCUCAAAGCGAGUACAAAUGGGGCACACAAGGGGGCUCGUUUUGGGUGAAUAUAUUCGAGUUUGGUAAAUCCAGUGAUUAUAAAGCAAUAUGGAGCGGAAUUAGAACCUUCAACCAAACGGACCCAACUGUACUCCACACGGAUGAAUAUUUGCACCGCAGAAAGGUUGAGGCUGGCAAAUACAUAUUUUUUGUGGAAGCGGACAUGUUAAAGGGCUGGGCCCGUGAAAACUGUGACUUGAGGUUGCUGGAGGAUUCCGUUUAUCAAGUACGAUAUGGAAUAGGAUUGCCGAUUGACUCUCCUUACACGAAACUUUUCUCUGAACAGUUAGUGUCAUUCUCCGAAGAAGGUUUGUUUGUGGCCUGGAAGAAAAAAUGGUGGCGAGGAGAGGAUGCAUGUUCGGAUGGGAAGAAAAUGGCAACACGAGCCAUGACGCUGGGGGACCUGCAGAGUGCGUUCUAUAUCCUGGUGAUUGGUAUCUUCAUGGCGUUCACCGCCGUCAUGGGAGAAAGGGUGGUACAGUGUAGACGGCGAUGUCAGUCGGGAGGUAUACCACAACAUCCUGAUUCAUAGUAUCCGUCUCUUCUUCUUGGAAUGAGUGAGUGAGUGGGUUUUGUUUUACGCCGCACUUAGCAGUCAUCCUGCUAAAUGGCGGCGGUCUGUAAAUAAUCGAGUCUGGACC